ACUACGUUAGAGCGCCCGGCUCUUUCACGAUCUAACCCGGCAGAUUACGUUCGGGGAAGACGCGACUCCUGUUUUGACCGCCGAAAUCGCCGUCGUCAUUUUUUUCUGCGGAGGACUUUAUUUCGUUGCGUUUGGCGUGAGUUCCGUGUUCGACGAGCUCAAACGACAUUCACUCGCAUCGCGUGUAUAUGCAUUUCGUGAUUGCUGGAAAUAACUGCCACGGUUGCGGAUGAAUAUCGUAACAACGCGGGCCAGGAUAACGAUAUUGGUGCUAAAAUUAGACCAAAAACAAGCGGCGGUGACCGUGAUGAUAAGAAACUGAAAAUAUAUCGAGGAUAAUCCGAGGACAGCUAGUUAAUAUGGGCCGUUUCUUUGAGUUCGUCAUCGCAUUGAGUUGCUUCUCUCUUAUAACAGCUUACCAUCACACCAGCCAACAACCACCCAGGAUUACAGAACACCCGGUAGACACAACGGUAGCAAGACAUGAACCCGCCACACUAAACUGUCAGGCUCAAGGUGAACCGGAACCAACCAUAACAUGGUACAAAGAUGCCUCAAUUCUACGAACAGCUCCACAAGACGCGAGAUCUCAUCGAGUUCUGUUGCCGGCUGGGAAUCUUUUCUUCUUGAAAGUGGUGCAAAGCCGAAAAGAAUCAGACGCUGGCGUUUACUGGUGCGAAGCCAGCAACGCCCUUGGCAAAGCCAAGAGCAGAAACGCUACGUUAACUGUUGCUGUGCUCAGGGACGAAUUCCGUUUGGAACCGCAAAGCGGAAGGGUCGCUGCUGGUGAAGACAUCGUCAUGGAGUGCUCUCCGCCAAGAGGAACUCCGGAGCCUCAGGUGUUUUGGAGGAAAGACGGCCAAACGAUAGAAAUCGGCGGACGUCUGAAGCUGGUGGACGGUUACAACUUGGCAAUAACCGACACCAAACCAUCCGACGACGGCAGGUACCAAUGCGUGGCGAAGAAUACGGCGGGAAUUCGGGAAUCAGCGGUCGCUAUUCUUAAAGUUUACGUUAAGCCUUUCGUCAUACGUCCUCCGGAAGACAUAACCGCUCUGGUAGGCAGUACCGUUGAUUUUCCUUGCAUGGUGGGCGGCGAUCCUGUGCCAGACGUGCUGUGGCGCAGAAGCUCUCCAGGGGGAACGAUGCCUCUCGGUAGAGUACGAGUAUUAGAAGAUCGUACCCUACGCCUAGAACAGCUGACGUUGCUAGACCAAGGACGCUACACUUGCGAUGCCGAUAACUUUGCUGGUGCUAUAUCCGCGUCUGCGGUUUUAACCGUGCUGGCUCCACCUAGUUUCAUAACCAGACCUCUCGCUCAAACCAUUGAAGCCGGCCAGGAAGUCUCGUUCCACUGCAGCGUCACCGGUAGUCCAAAGCCAUUAAUUUUCUGGUCGUUCGAAGGCGACCGAGCAUUAGUAUAUCCCGGCUCUCCGUCCGGCAACUUCGAAGCCUUCACCUCAACGGAAGGUCAGUCCACGCUGAUUCUCAAAGACGCGCAGGUGCAGCAUUCGGGCACCGUGGUGAUUUGCUCGGGAGUGAACGCCGCAGGUUCAGUGUCCACCAGAACCCGACUAACUGUUACCUCGAAAGAAGACAGACCGCCUCCGGUGAUAACCCGUGGACCCACCAAUCAAACGCUUCCGAUCCAUUCCGUCGCGUAUCUAAAUUGCGAAGCGUCGGGUAACCCCAAACCCGUAAUUUCGUGGUACAAAGAAGGCGUGCCAGUUUCACCAUCGAACAAGGUGAACAUGAGCAAUCCCAGUCAAGUCGAGAUUUACAAACUCCACAAGGAAGACUCUGGCGCUUACACGUGCGUCGCUUCUUCGAAAAUGGGCAAAGCCACUUGGACCGGACACCUCCUCGUCGAGAAUCCUAAAAACCCCAACAUAAACUUCUUCAAAGCUCCGGAAUCGGUGAUGGUGCCCGGGCCGCCUAGCAGACCGCACGCUCUUAACCAAUCCGAAGGCAGCGUGACAAUAACGUGGGGCCAAAACAACAAAAUCGGAUCUUCUAGCCUUCUCGGUUAUCAAAUAGAGCUGUUCGGCAGAGAAGAGGGCGUCACUCCGACUUGGACGGUGGUGGCGAGACGCGUGCCAGGACCGACGUAUACCCAGCACUUGUUAACUCCCGGUGUUCCGUAUACUUUCAUCGUACGAGCGGAAAAUUCGCACGGAUUAGGUCCCCCGUCCCAGCUGUCGGAGCCGAUAAUCGUGGGGCCGGAUUCGGCUCAGAACUGGGGGAAUCCGGAGGUGACGGUGUUGAGCGAAGCCAGAGCUAAUUUGGUGACCACCAAGAACAUCGUCCGACUUUCCGACGCGCUUCCGAUUACUUCCACGUCCGUGAAACUCAUAUGGACAGUGACUGAUUCCACUUACGUGGAGGGACUGUACAUUUACUACGUAUCUUUGGACGGGUCUCCCGACCAGCCUCGUACUUAUAGCAUGUUAACGGUGUUGCAUACCGGUGGAUCAUCCAGUUUCACCGUGAAUAAUCUCGAAAAAUGGUCGAGGUAUGAGUUUUUCAUGGUUCCGUUCUAUAAAACCGUCGAAGGACAGCCGUCCAACUCUAGAACAGUGCGUACACUUGAAGAUGUUCCGAACGAGGCGCCCUCUAACAUGGAAGCCUUAUUGCUGAACGCGACGGCUGUCUAUCUGAAAUGGAAAAUGCCGCCUCCAGCCUCUGUAAACGGAGAACUUCAGGGGUACAAAGUUGACGUCAGGACGAACGGUUCAGAUGUACCAACUGUGAUAUCUGUGGGGUCGGCUCCGACCCUCCUUCUCAGCAAUCUGACGGCUGGUGUUUCGUAUUACGUGAAGGUAGCAGCCACCACCAGAGCAGGAACCGGUCCCUACAGCCCUUCGGCAACUUUAAGAUUAGAUCCUGCAGCUAGAGUCGUCGACAAUAACCUGCAAAGACCUGUUGGUGCGGAUGUACAUUCCGGCGACUUCAUUACUGAAACUUGGUUCAUGGCGCUUUUAAUAAGCAUGGUUUCGGUUAUGAUUCUUCUGUUUGGAGCAAUGUUCUUCGUCCGCCGCAGGCAAAUCUUGUCCAAAAAGACUAUGACCCCGUCCAGAUCAAAUGGAGGUGUACUAACCACUCCUCUCGCAUCCAAACAAGAAGUGCCUCUAUGGUUAGAUAAAGAUACCCUUCCGGACUAUACUACCUCUUUACCGGAAUAUUCCAAACUAACUCCGCACGAGUAUACGCCUGGGAAAAACGAAUACGCCACGAACGGAAACCUGCCUCAAAGUAAUAAUGGAAGCAUUAACCUUCACUCAAAUCCGCUGCACCAGAAGGAGUACAGCCGACCGGAUAAUUUAGAGUAUAGCUCGGAAAAAGGGUACCCGAUGGGUAGGAAGUUUAAGGAUUACAGCGCCAUGCAGGUUCAAGACUACGCGAGCCCCAAUAUAGAUAAUCCUAGAAUUUCACAGAUGCCCGAUUAUGCUGAAGUCGAUGCCAGUUUGUCUAACAAUGACGGAGGCAACACGUCACCCGCUCCUUACGCGACUACCACCCUUGUUGGUGGAAGAAAACUGAUAUGGAACCAUUAUUCGAUGAACGACGGCGAUGAAUCUCCUUAUCCGGCAUCCAACGGCGGAUACUACAAUCGCAAAGUAUACUCGGACUCGUAUUUCGCUCCUACCCACACCUUGAAACGCAGCAAGAAGGAUCAGAAGAAGUUUUCCCAGGAACACCCGCCAGAUUUGGUAUCGCCGUCUGGCCAGCCGGCGUACGCCCGGGUAGGACCUCCGAGCCUGUCCUGGAGGAACGGCGCGCCAUCUUUAAGCAGCUUCACUCCUCACAAGUCGGUUUACCACGGAUCCAGCCGCAGCGAGCCUGGCAACAUGUUGUAGG